AUGAUUUCAAUUAAAUUAGCGGCAAUUUUGGUUUUAGGGUGCUUUAAAACUGCAACUGGUAGCUGCAUUUGUGACCUAACUGCGGAGUCCUGUGACGCUUUUUGCUGCUGUGAUCCUGACUGUUCUUCAUCAGUAAUAAGUUUAUGACAAAGUUCAAGCAAUAAUCUAUGUGCACCUGAAAAAUUCACAAAUUACCCUACUCGGUGCAAAAAUAACCAAAAACACUCAAUAGACAAUGGAAGAAGAGCAAUGCAAGUCGCGACCGAUUCAAUUAACAAUUUAUUAUGCAUUUAUUAUGAUAACUCCCCUGACCAGUUCAACACUUAUGACUCAGUUGAUGAAAGCAGCAUUGACUCCAGCACAAUCUCAGACCGUCUUGAAAAGUCAACUGAAUAUUCUGACUUAAUUUAUUUUAAUCAGCCAAAUGCGACUGGCAAUGCUUUUUCUCCUGGAGACAGCAUGGCAGCUCUUGUUAAUUCUUAUAGUGGAGUAUGAUCAUUGCCUUCUGCUGACUCUUUUGGAGAAUGCAAUAAUAUGAACUCUGCAAGUUGGUUAUACUCACAGACUUUUGACUCUUGUACAAGGACAAUAAUGGCAUCUAGCUUAGAAUCAUUAUGCAAUACUGAAUUAAAUUAUGUUACUUAUGUUUCAGGCCUCUCUAUUUCAAAGCAGCCUUAUCCUAGCAACUCUGACCAUAUCAGCAUUACAAUAGGAAAUAUCACGUUUAGAAAUCUUGAUGACGAAAGUAUUCGUAAAUAUGACCAAACCACAGCUACAACAACUUUUGCUAAUUGCCUUUGCUCUAAUGCUUUAUUAGAAGCAAAUUAUAUUGUGUACACAAAUACUGCUCAAGAUACACCUAGUGAGAUUUGGGUGAAUAUUGUCAUUGGAAAUGUGGGGUUUUCAGCUACGACUUGUCCUAGUGAACAAAUUGUGAUCAAGCAGAAAUUUUCAAUCAAAUUUUAUACUGGAACUGCAGACUUGCAGAUAAGGUCAGGGAAUAUUGGUUAUAUUUCAGGAAAGCCUUUAAUAAUAGGCUAUAAAAAUGAAACAAAUAACACCAUGAACGUAUAUGAAGGUGGUUUUCCUCUUUCAGGGGCAAGCACUAUAGGUGAAUGUGUAGAUACCGAUCUUUUGACAUCAGACUCCCCAAUUAUAAACUUCGGCCAUGAAAUGAUUUAUAACUGCUACUUAGAAAUGUCCUACGAAGACCUAAAAACUUAUUGCACUUCUACCACAGAUAACACCGAGUUGCCUAUUUUUUCCACUCAUUCAGAAAUAACCCAUAUUGGAAAAUUUGGCAGCAUUGAUUAUUCAAAUCCUGAUGACUGAGUCGAAGUUUCUACAAGUAGCAGUUCUUCAACGCCUACAUUUUCAGAAACAACUGGGACAUGCACAAUACCAAAUUUGCUGCACUAUGAAAUAAUUGUUGCUAAAGUCGGGAUUGUUAGCAACCCUCAGCCUAAAGUGAUUUAUGCUCAACGUAGCUAUCAAGCUAAUACUCAGUGGGUGUUUAGGAUGAAGGACAAAACCCAAACGCAAAAGUUUUAUAACACGGUGGUCAUCAGCUAUGUAGAAUAUGACGAUGAGACUCAAAAUUAUCAUGCCCCAGCACCAAAUCCGAUACCUGCUAUGCCUGAUGAUAUUAUGUACCCAUUCAAAAUAUCGCACAGCUUCAUAUUAGAAAUUCUGACACUCCCUUUGAUUAUAUUCAUAAUUUAA